GCACUUCUUCUUUCUCUUCAUCAUGUCUUUUCAAGCAAGCGCAUUCGCUUUCUUAUUUCCAGGCAAUGCCAUGACCAACUCGAUCUUGGCUACAGCUUAUAUAUCUAUAUUCCCCAACUUGCUUUUGUACUUUGUGCCCCCUGAUAUCAAUACUGGCUCUUUAAAUACCUUGGUCAGUUUUGCAGUUGGCGGUCUUCUUGGUGAUGUCUUUCUUCACCUUUUACCCCAUGCAUUUUUAGGAGAGCAUACUGAAGAAAACGCGGUUGUGGUUGUAGACAAUAAAAAGAAUGUCCUUAUUGGUGUUGGUAUCUUUGUAGGCUUGUUCUUCUUUUUUUUUAUGGAUAAAAUGAUGCGUGUUGUCAAUGGUGGUAGUGGACAUGAUCAUGGUCAUAUCCAUACUGAGAGUACAGCUGUCUCAACUGCCCUUGAAGAAAAAAGCAGCGAAGUACGACAACGCAAACCCACCAAAAAAGAGCAAGAAAAACAAGACAGCAAGAAACAAGAAGGAGGCAAUGGUAUCAAGCUCAGUGCCUACCUCAAUCUUCUCGCUGAUUUUACACACAACAUGACAGAUGGUCUUGCUAUGGCUGCUUCCUUUUAUGCUUCUCCUGCUGUUGGUGCUACCACUGCUGUUGCUGUCUUUUUCCAUGAAAUCCCUCAUGAAGUAGGCGAUUAUGCUAUUCUUAUUCAAUCUGGCUUUAGCAAACAAAAGGCCAUGAUGGCUCAAUUCACAACGGCUGUAGGUGCCUUCUUGGGUACCUUCAUUGGUAUCUUGAUUGAAGAAAACUCAAUUGACGUUGCUCAAGAAGAAAAACCUAUAGUUGGCUUAUUCGGUACUGAUUUACGCUGGGGUGAUUUAGUAAUUCCUUUUGCUGCUGGUGGAUUUUUGUAUAUUGCUACUGUAGGUGUGAUUCCUGAACUCUUGGAAGUCACAGGUAAUGUCAAGAAAGAUAAAAAACAAGCCAUGACUGAAUUCUUGGCUAUGUUUGUGGGUUUGGGACUCAUGCUUUUUAUUGCUUGGAAUGAUAUUCCUGCUUAAUAAACUCAAUCGCUAUCAUCUUCACCAUCUGAA